AUGUUAGUGAUUCCAAGUUGCUGUCUGCGUUUCAAGCAUAUCCGAAGCAUUCCUAUCAAUCAAAUUAUCCUUGACCCUGCGAAUAAACACAAGUAUAUUAUCGAAGAAAAACUUUCAACAAAUAACACUCUUUCCAAAGUAGCAGCUCCAUAUUUCGGCGAAGAAGAACCUCUUGCAUUGGAUGUCGAUGACAAACAUCUGAAAAUUGCUAAUCCCAAACAGUUUAAUCCUUCUGUUUUGAUGAAAAACGUAUAG